AUGGGCACCGCACAGAUCCCCUCCGUGCGCGAGAUGUGGGAACUCUCCGUCCCCGAAAUGGCCUUUGAGUACCAGCCCCUUCUGUCCACUUUGCUAGCUGUGGCUGCGGCGCAUCGCGCACGGCUUGUGCCCCAUGAAGCGGAGGAGUUGAGACGUGUUCAGGGCGGGUUUAUUGCCCAGGCGGUUGGGGGUCAUAGGGCUGAGACGGCGAAGUUGGCGGUGUCUUCCCCGGGGGCGGGUGUUACGGAGACGUUGUGCAUGAAUGCGAUCUUGAUCUCGUUGUAUACGCUUGCGUGCAGGAUGGAUGGUGGAGGGGGUGAGUACGAGCCUCCAAACCUGUGGCUGAAUAUGGCCCGGGGUGUGAGGACGGUCGUGUCCAUGGUGUAUUAUCGGCUUGUGGAGGAGAGGGCGCGAAUUGCGCCGUUGUUGGUUGCCAGGCCGGUUGUGCAUCGGGGGGAUGUGGAGGUGCAGGAUGGAGGGCCUAAGGGGAGUAGUGGGGAGUUGAGGUUCUUGGUAGAUGUGUUCCCUGGUAAUGAGGAGGAAGAAGAGGUGAUGGGGGUAUAUGUGCAGUGUGUUGGGUAUUUGGAGGGGUUGUUGAUGGCGGUUAGGAUGGGGGAGUCUGGGUAUGAUAUUCGGAAAAGGUUCUCCUCGUUUCCCAGUAUGGUUCCAGGGGAGUUUUUGGGGCUGGUGAGUGAGCGGAGGCCUAGGGCGUUGGUUAUUCUGGCGUAUUUGUUUGCGUUGGUUAAGGGUGCCGAAGGGGUGUGGUGGUUGAGGGGUAUUCCGGAGAUGGAGGUUCGUGGGAUUGAGUCUAUUUUGCCAGAGGUGUGGAGGGGGAUUAUGGAGUGGCCGGUCGGGGUGGUUAUGGGGGUGGUGGAUGUUAAUGAUAAGGUAGUGUUAUGA